AUGUCUUUUUCUGAGGUCCGAGUCCUCCAGGUUGCUCGGUCGGAUGAGCCUGAUUCUUUUGUACUCCUCCAUGUCUUCCAUACGGGCCCUGCUACCCUCGACUUGACGCUGACAGCCACAGAGGGAGAGAGUCCCUAUAUAACCACCAUCAAACAAACUCAACUUCAAGAUCUCUGUGCCAAAAACUACCAGGGCUCACAAGACGAAUGGGCUCAGACUGUCUCCUUCGUUCUGGGCCAAUCAAUCUUGUCGGAUCAACCACCCUGGUGGUCAGAAAUUGAGAGUUCCGCAAGUGUCUCUACCUCCAAUGAAGGGAGCAAGGAGAUUGUGCUCACGAUACGAAAGAGGGUUCAGGAUAUUACUCAAAGGCUCGGUGCUCUUACCCUUUUACAGGAUGAUGAACAGGCCAUUGAGCUUUUUGAGUGGUGCGGAGUGACUGCAAGAAAAACCAGUGACUUGCAGAAUCAAGUAACAAGCUUGAUGGGCCGCUAUCGGUCCGCAGAGGACACUAUAUCCAAGCUGAAUCAACAACUAGAGGAGCUCAGGCGAGCAAAGAGCCAACACGAGAGUCAAAUGCUGGUCAACUUUCUUCACCUGUUGAAUGAGAAAAAACUCAAGAUCCGCAACCAGCAGCGACUCCUGGCAUCAGCCACAGCAGACCCUGUGAAAGUUUCCGAGAUUCAAGCUGCUACAGGGCGAAUCCAUGAUCCCACAGGUACCUCCCAGGCACCAAAACGUCGUCUCGACGAUACAAAUGAUGCUGCGGAAGAGUCAGAUGAUGGCUUUGAGCCAAUGGAUACAGACCACAGGGGCCUUGCUGGAGGAUCUCUGAGUGACCAAGAGACAGAUGAUGAAAUGCGAUCAACACCCCAGCCAUUGGAGGAAGAGGAUAACAUGACAACAGACGAUGAACCCGACGCUCCGGCAACGCUAGGCCGAGCCGUCCCACAACCCCAAGAGGCUGAUAACUUGACCCGACCACCCCCUUCGAAAGAAAGAACUCCUCCUCCACGAAGGGAGUUGCCCUUUGCCCGCCGAGGGCCACCGAGGAGGGAUACUAUACAGACAGAAGCAGCGUCCGCCGGAAUAGCAGAAGAAACCGCGGGGGAAACAGAUGAUGACGAGCUAUGA